GGACGCUGUUGUGAUAUUCUUCUCUGGACGUCUCACUGACAGAAGCGAGUUGUCUUAUAACAGUAGGUGGCGCAGACGGUGGAUCUUGACCUGGUAAAGGGAUUACAAAUCUGCAGAAACUCUACACUGACUGCAUCGCAAGCCCUCGUGAAUAAAGUGUCAAAGUGGUGGUACAUUGGUGGACUAAAAAAAUCAUGCUUACGGACUGGAGGAGAGCAGACUGCACUGGAUCAAACACGUGUAAAGAGCAAAGUGUGCUAAAGAAAAAAAAGAAGCACAGUCCCUAAGGAGAAACUCUUGGUGUUGGUGCAAUGGAUCACACAAGUCCAGGCAGCCUCCAUAGCUGAGAGACUGCCCUGAAAAUGGAGGUCUGCAUCUCUUUCUGGAUGGCAUCUACCAAACUUUGAGGCGUGUUAAGCACCGCUCGUCAUCAGAAUGCAAAUGAAGCAUGAAGGAUCCUCUCUACAAAGUGAACUGGGCACUGACACAAAUGAAGUAUGUAGCACGAUUCAAAGCAUCUAAAUCAGAGACUUGGCCAGUAUGGAAGAGCAGACUACCACUGUGAUAACGAUUUACGUGAAUGGCACUGAGCAGUUCAAUGCUUCGUAUCAAUUCAACCUAACGGAUGUGAACGAAAGCAUAGACACCUACGAGUUUUACGUCAUCGGCCUGUUCCUCUCCUGCCUGUACACCAUAUUCCUGUUCCCCAUCGGCUUCAUCGGGAACAUCCUCAUUUUGGUGGUCAACCUCAACCACAGGGACAAGAUGACCAUCCCUGAUCUGUACUUCGUCAACCUGGCCGUGGCGGACCUCAUUCUAGUGGCGGACUCGCUCAUCGAGGUCUUCAAUCUCAACGAGAAGUACUACGACUAUGCCGUCCUCUGUACCUUCAUGUCGCUUUUCCUCCAGGUGAACAUGUACAGCAGCAUCUUCUUCCUGACAUGGAUGAGUUUCGACCGCUACGUCGCUCUCGCCAGCUCCGUUAGCAGCAGUCCGCUGCGAACUAUGCAGCACGCCAAACUCAGCUGCAGCCUCAUCUGGAUGGCCUCCAUCUUGGCGACUCUGCUUCCCUUCACCAUCGUGCAGACGCAACACACCGGCGAGGUGCACUUCUGCUUCGCCAACGUCUUCGAGAUCCAGUGGCUGGAGGUGACGAUUGGAUUCCUGGUGCCCUUCUCAAUCAUUGGCCUGUGCUACUCCCUAAUCGUCCGCAUCCUCAUGCGCGCCCAGAAGCACAAGGGACUGUGGCCUCGCCGGCAGAAGGCCCUGCGCAUGAUCGUGGUGGUCGUGCUGGUGUUCUUCAUUUGCUGGCUGCCCGAGAACGUCUUCAUUAGCAUCCAGCUGCUCCAGGGCACGGCCGACCCGUCGAAACGCAGCGACGCCACGCUGUGGCACGACUACCCGUUGACCGGGCACAUCGUCAACCUGGCUGCGUUCUCCAACAGCUGCCUGAACCCCAUCAUAUACAGCUUCCUCGGGGAGACUUUCAGGGACAAGCUACGGCUCUUCAUCAAGCGGAAAGCCAGCUGGUCCGUGGUCUACCGCUUCUGUAAUCACACUCUGGACUUGCGCAUCCCUGUCAGGGGCGAGUCCGAAGUGUAGCGCGGGUCGAAGCUCCAGAAGUUGUCACCUGCCUUGUCUUGCUUUCCAGAACUUGAUCAAGAAGUGACAUGUGGGUUGGCGUAACGAACACUGCUUCAUGUUUAAGUCAGCUGGGUGAAAGAAGGAUUAUUACAAGGCACGGAUGCAGAGCUUGGCCUUUACAGAUCAUGGCAUGUCAAAAACAAAGACUUUUAUUGGACUAUAAUCUCUGUGAGCCCAUUCUAAAGUAACAAAUAAAGUCAUCGAAGUGCCUGCGACCCAUUUCCUGUCGUGAGUCAUUGUGAAAUAUAUUCUCCUGUUCAUAUGUUGACGUGACUGAAACCGAUGCAAUCAACGACUUGGUCUGUUCUGCUUCAAGACUGAAUAAAUGCAUAUUUUGUAGGAUUUCGUUUUUAUUCCUGGGGGAUUCUGAAAAUGUGAGAAUUUAGACAAUUUCAAGUGUGAGCUUUACUUCCAGACACUUUUAGGGGUUCCGUAAACGGUAGUGAUGUUUGACAAGGUGAAGUUCAUGUGCAAGGUUUACCUGAAAAACAUCAUUAGGGAGACAAUAAAGUAAAUACGGCUCUAUGCACACAUAUUUGGUGGAUUACUGCUCAUUUGGACAAGUGUUAGCGACACUAAACCCAGGUGUCGGGUUUCCCUGAAGUUGGAGUCAGUGGGCAGGUGGUGUGCAGAGCGGGAUAUAAACACAUUAUCCAAGACUUCAGAUGUGCGGCGUCCAACGCUGCUUUUUAAUUUAUUUAGAAACAGUAAGACCUGAAAUAAUUUGGUUUCACUGUUUGUCAAGAAUGUGUUAAGUUGAUUUGGGUACCACUUGAAUAUUUUUGUGUACAGAAAUGAUAACAAGAGUGUCAGUCUUGAUAACAGGAAGCUGAUGUUCUCCCCUAGAGAGAGCCCUCUCAUGCCACGGGCUAAAACAAUAUAUGACCAGAGUUAAUCAUAAACACAGUGGCAGUCUGAGGGCUCCUUCCCAAGUAAGAUAGAACAAAGAUAAACAAAUAAAAGGAAAAUGAGGAUUUCAAAAAUAAUCCCAAGGUUGCUCUCUGGGGG